AUGAUUCUGAGCGGUACUGAUGCCACUGACUUCGCCCUUGCCGUUGCUACAGUUCUCUCCAAGCCCACAUUCUCCGAAGCGGCUUGCCGAAUGUUCUUCACAGAUGCUAAUAACGAGUACAGAGUGAAGCUGGAGAAUGCUGCGACUGAGGCUGCAAGGAAGAAAGUAGGCAUGGGUGCAGAAAGAGAGAAGAAAGGUGGCGAUGCAACGAGUAGGGGAGCUGAGAUUGGUGCGAGAGGUAUAGUGAAGGAUGGCUGGGAGGCGGUAUCCACAACCAGCAACACGGCCGUGACCGUACUGACAUGGAGGGUUAGUUGCAUUCUUAUGUGGGUCCGAACCUACGGCCCAAACCUGCAAGCUCCCAAUGGAUGUGCACUCCGAAGCGGCGGCAAGCCAAAAAAGAAUCUUCCAUCCCUCUGCCACCCAUUCCGGAAUCUCCCAACCUUGCUGAUUAAGUCCGGCACCAUGCCGGAGCCCUUGGUUCGGCGGGGCUUCUCUUGGGAGUGGGAAGAGUUGCCUGCUGGCGAUGAAGCUGCUGUGAAGCUUGCUGAUGACGUGCAAGGGAGGAUUCUAUAUGAGAGAAUCCUUGAAGAGGUGUAUGGGGUCACUGUGGACUGGGAAAUCCCAGAGAAUGCCAGAGCAGCAGCAGCAGCAGCAGCAGCAGCAUUACCAGCAGCAUCAUCUUCAAAGAGCCGUCCAGUCGUUCGCACGCUGGCAGACGUGGAGUUUCUGGUUGAGGUCGUCGCAGCAGAGAGGGAGCCGUCGAGAUGCACGCGGUGCUGGAAGUGCCACCUGAGGCACGCCGCUGCCAUCAACCACGUCGCGCUGCUCGCCUCCUUCGCCUACCGCCCCCUUUCCACCCUCAUCCACCGCUUCCUCUUCCUCUUCCCCCCCGACCAAACCAGGGAGGCGUACACGCUUCUGGGCAUGUUCAUGCCGUCGGGGGUGGCAGAGAGGGUGAACUGGAUGCAUGUGCGUGGACGCUUGGAAGGGCUCGAGGAGGAGAAGGCGAUGGCGCUUUUCGUGCAUGCGUGUAUGAUGAUAGCGUGGACGUGGGCCAAGGAGGAGGAGCCCAACCCAGGGCGGUUUGCUCGGCUUGCAGCGCAGGAGGGCGCCGAGCAGGGCAAGGGAGGGGUGGGCAAGUGGAAGCAGUUGGACAGUGAGAUGUGGGAGGAGGUUCGCAUGUGGCGGCACGCUGCCAAGGCUGCUUGGCCCGGAGACAGGCGCAACUGGAUGGGCGAGCUGCGGGACACGUGCUUGGGCGGCAGGAAAAUGACAAAACGUGAGAGUGGUGAGCAGGAAGAGGAGGGGGAACAGGAGGAGGGGCCGGUUUAUACGCAGAAGUGGGUGGGAGGAGUGAACCUGGUGGCUUGCCUGCGAGCGAUGCUGCUGGGGGAGCCGUGGAAAGGUGGGUCAGCACCAGGGAACAACGUCACUCAGAACCGAGCAGGAGUAGGGGGCGGAGGAACAGGCAGCAAAGAACCAGGAACCCCUGUAGGCACUUUCUGGACAAAUGCAUCUGGUGUAGAUACCCGAGCAGAGCGACUGAAAUCAGGGUACCGGCAGUGA